AUGGAUAUUUCGUACCAAGCACCAUUUCCAAGAAACAUUGAAGCAUUUCUCGCCUCGCAGGGUCGCGACGGUUCUGACAACUCCAGUGAUUCAAAUGACAUGGAGUAUUUCAAGGGAGCCCAGAGCUACACGCUCGAGGGUCGGUCGGUCGUCAAGUUCGGGAAGAUCACUCCGAUAGAUCACAGAUGGUUGGAGCUUUGGAAGAGGUUUGCAUGGGAUGCUCGACUUUUGGGUAGCUCUCAGCAUUUGGAGACUGAGCAUGGCAUUGAGGGAGAUGCCAUUGGUGGUGCCAUGUCUGUGAAGUUGGUAAGCUGGGCAGAACCCCUCAAGAUCACCCCCUUCCCUGUGGAUGUGGUGGAGAGGAAUGCAAGGAUUCUGCAUGAUUUGUACCAGUCUUCCAGGGUCCACCUGCCACCACAGAUGGAAUGGAUGUUUCUAGCCAACCUCAUUCAGCCGUACACCGGCCCUGUUGAGGAAAUCUUUGAUCAGGUGACCUUCUAUGAAUCGAAGCAACAGGUGUAUUGGAAGCAUCAUCUGAAGAAGUUUUUCACCACGAAGCCCGCCGACCCUGCAGUGCAUCGUUACACCCUGCUCUUCGCACAUGGCACGAACUCAGGUGGUGCAGAGGGGAUUAUCAGCUCCAGGUACUUAGCCCCUGCAACGAUCGCAGACGGCCCGACCGCCGUAGGGGACGAGGACAACCCAAACGACAUCGGAGUAGGUCCCGGCCUUCCUUUGUCAGGGACCAAUCGCAACGUUCUUUCCAAUCGGUUUACAAGAGAUUUGAACAUUGAUGGCAUGGACGUCAUGGAUGUGAAGUUGUCUCAGGUUACGACAGGAAGCUAUUAUGGCAGGGACCUUGAUGCGAGCCCUGCGUGGGGUCGAGACCCUUACCUUUGGGACAACAGAUAUGUGGUCAUCAAGGAACUUGUUGAGCAUUUGGCCAAGGUUGUUCAACAGAAAGGUUCACCAGAUCUCGCAGGAUUCAGCGAUGAGGCGCCGGCUGAAGAAUCGCCAGACUACGCUGAUCCAUUAGAGACAGUGGUUGCUACAAUCAACAGUUGGAUUUCCUCGGCGGUUGGCAAAGAACGCAUGAACCAAGUCCGUACAGCUGCAGAUGAGCUGUCAGCU